CUGGAGGUUGAGUUUUGCGACACAUCGAGGCCGUAUGCUGCUCUUUCCUACGCCUGGGGCAAUGACCCGGACACAGAGUGCAUUACUGUGAAUGGGUUACCGUUCAUGGCAAGAAAGAAUCUGUGUCUCUCUUUGCAACGGCUCCGAAAAGAGGACGAGGACAUUGUCAUCUGGGUCGACAGCAUCUGCAUCAACCAAGACGACAUGGUCGAGAAGGGCGUUCAGAUCGCGCAAAUGAAUAUGAUAUAUGGCGGAGCUACGCUCGUAACAAUCUGGCUAGGGGAAGAAUCUCCCUCUUCGGGAAUGGCGAUGUCCCUGUUGGACGACUGCACAACCCUUCUCAAGGAGGACGACAUCGUUCAGAGGAUCGUCCAAAACAAAACGGAAGCCCAGGCCUUAACAGAGCUAUUACAACGACCUUAA